CCUCAGCUUCAAGUUAGGGAGAGAGUGAGAGACAAAACCCCACACGCAUUAAAGGGAAAAAGUUUAGAAUCACAGUCAUAACAGGAGGAUCCUUCCCCCUCUCCCUCUCCUCCUUCCCCCUUUCUUGGCGGCAGCUUCUGAUGUGAGCCAAUUUUUUCCAAAUUUGGGAUUUGUUGUUUUGAGGGGGAAAACAAAUCACUGCUGGGAUCCAGGCAGAUUCUGGAAUUGUGGACGAUCCCAAAAAUGUCGGAUCCUACAGUAAAUGCGCACCUGGAAGGUAUUAUAUCCGAUUUUGAAGCACUGAAGAGGUCUUUUGAGGUGGAGGAGGUCGACCAAUCUCCAAACCCCUCUGUCCAACCACGCAGAACCCCAAACCCACUGCUAAGAGGUGCAGCUGCACAAAAAUUCCAGGACCCAAGUACUAGAAAUGAGCCACAUUUGAGGCAUGCAGAUAUUGGUGGUCAGAGGUCCCCUAAAUCAUCUCUAAGACGUAUUGAAUUGUCUGGAUCCCGGCACCCAGAACCUAUGUCAAGACGAACAGAGAUUUCCAUUGACAUCUCAUCCAAACAAGUGGAAAAUUCUGCCCCAGCGAUGUCAAGGUUUGGUUUGAAGAGGGCUGAACUGUCUGGACAUAAACCCCCAGAACCACCAAGAAGAGCAGAGAUCUCUCUGGGAAAGCCACAUGAUCUACGAGGAGAGUCCCCAAGUUCUAAAAUACCUGAAUUAAACCAAAGAAAAAUAGAAGAAUCCAAUUCCAAACGAAUUGAGAUCCAGGUCCCUAAAUCUCCAGAAGUCCCUCCAGUCAAACAGGUUGAAAACUCCAUUCCAACACCGGCUGUGUUUCACCAUCAACAAGAACCCAAACCACAACCUGUCCAGAUAGAGAUUCAACAGAGAACCCCUGAGGUUAUUGAGGACACCCAGCCAUACAACGUCACUAUGACAGACAUGAUCAGGGAUGCAGGGGUGAAACAGCCCCUUCCUACCAGGGGAGUGGGCGAUAAGCCAGCUACGGAUUUCGGAUACGUGGGGAUAGAUGCCAUUCUGGAACAGAUGAGGAAAAAGGCAAUGAAGCAAGGAUUUGAGCUGAACAUCAUGGUAGUUGGUCAGAGUGGUCUUGGAAAAUCUACUUUAAUAAACACUCUCUUCAAAUCCAAAGUCAGCAGGAAAUCUGUGCAACCCACGCCCGAGGAACGAAUUCCCAAAACUAUAGAAAUAAAGAGUAUUACCCAUGACAUUGAAGAGAAAGGAGUGCGUAUGAAGCUUACCGUUAUUGACACUCCCGGAUUUGGAGACCACAUAAAUAAUGAGAACUGCUGGCUGCCUAUCAUGAAGUUCAUUAAUGACCAAUACGAGAAGUAUCUACAGGAGGAGCUGAAUAUUAACCGCAAAAAGCGGAUUCCUGAUUCCCGGGUCCAUUGCUGUAUAUACUUCAUCCCAGCUACAGGACACUCACUACGACCUUUGGACAUCGAGUUCAUGAGACGUCUGAGCAAGGUGGUGAACAUUGUGCCAGUUAUUGCCAAAGCGGACACCCUAACCCUAGAAGAGAGAGACUAUUUUAAGCAGAGAAUCCGUGCUGAUCUCCAGAACAAUGGAAUAGAUAUCUACCCACAGAAGGAGUUUGAUGAGGAUGCAGAAGACAGACUGGUAAACGAGAAGAUCAGAGAAAUGAUUCCCUUCGCUGUGGUAGGCAGUGAUCAAGAAUACCAGAUCAAUGGCAGGAGGAUACUGGGUCGGAAAACAAAGUGGGGGACCAUUGAAGUUGAAAACAUAGCUCAUUGUGAAUUUGCCUGCUUGAGAGAUCUUCUGAUCAGGACGCACAUGCAGAAUAUUAAAGACAUAACAAGCAGUAUUCACUUUGAGGCAUACCGUGUCAAGCGGCUUCAAGAAGGAAACAUACUGUCCAACGGCACUGCGGAAAAAGACUACUCCUCCAACGAGAUGUAAUUCUGAGGCCUAGCACUCCCUUUAUUGAUCCAUCCUGUCUUUCAGUUUCCUUUCAUGUGUCUUCUGCUCCUGUGACAUUACGGGAGAAUUCUUGGAAAGAAUGACCAGGAAAGCUAGUCCAUAAAUUUUCAGAGGCCCCCUUUCCCCCCAUUCUGCCUGGUCUUUGAUCUGCAAGGAUGUGCCAUACAAGUGAAAGGGUAUUAAUGCAGUUGAAGAUGGUGGUGGGGAGACUAGGAAAUUGUGAAGUCACAGUUUUUUACAGUGUGAGUUUUUAAGCCAUUUAAUGGCCUGUGGUGCUUUAUUAUAGCCACAGUUCAGUAGAUAUACAAAAAGUUAACCCUAUAGAUGUAUUGGUGGCUGUGGUGCCUUCUCUUUCAGUGAGGCUGAGGAACCUACGAGAAGAAGCCAAGCAUUUCCCAGUUACCUUUCAUUUACAUUGCCAAAUUCGGACGUGCUGAAGGUGAACCAUGAAUGUGAAAGUGUUGCAUCCCACUGCUGAAUUAUAGGUUAGAUACAGUAUUUAUUACACCUGUAAGUAUGAAUAGGGAGGCAGAGAAUGAAGUUGGAAAUAAGAAUGUUAGUUAAAUGGUAUGUAAAGCCUUAGUUUAUUGUUUUUUAACAUAUUGCUAAAUUCCUUGGCAGUUCCUCCCUUACCAGGUUGUUAACGGACUAGUAACACUUUUUUUGGUGGGGCAUUUUCCCCCUCACAUUUUCUCCUCACAUUCCGCUCCCUUACCUGUUUUAGUUUUAACUUAUGUCCCUCAGCUUUCACUUACUGGCCCACUUUUAUGUAUAACAUUUCAUUACAUUAUAAUGCCCUUCCCGGUCUAUUGACACAUCUUUAUUACUGGAAGUAAUGGAUGAUUAAUACACAUAGUGCAAAACUGUUGCGCUCCCUUCCAAAUGAAAGGUUAUAAAUUGUGUCAUUAACUUGUGUAUUUAACUUUUUUCCCUGUCAUUUGUGAAUUGUCAUUUACUGUAAUGAUCUCCAGCUUAUUCCUUUCUUUAAAAGCCUUCUAUUUGCUAAGCUGCAUUCGAUUAAACAAAAAAAGUUGAAAAAGUUUAAAAAAAUACUUUUUGAGUUGCUAUAUUUUAGCAAAUAAAAAACUAUAUCAACUGAAAGAUAUAUAUUUCACAUACUAAGGAUUAAGGUAUGAAGAGGCAGGAUACUUAAUGCACAUUUGAAAAGAUGCCACCCUGUCUGUGAUGUUAUUGUACUGUCCUUUUAAGAGGAAACUAAAUGUGUUUUUUUUUUUUAUUGUUUUUGUUUUGUUUUUUGUUGCUUAUUUGUGAAUUUUUUUUUUUAGGGCUAAAAAGAUCCAAGAUUUCCUAAAGUGGCCUUUUAUUUGAUUUAUAUGCAUUAUGAUAAACUAGUCUUUUUUUUUUUUUUUUUUUUUUGUAUAAAUAAUAAAGAUGUGUUUUAAAAUGUAUUUCCUAAAAUAAAUGUUACAAAUGCAGGUGUUUUGCUGUCUC